AUGGUAGCAUCAACAAUCUUUGCACAAACAACAGACGAGGUAGCUCCAUUACGCUUUCCACAGCUUUGGAAUUUUAAUCAACUUCAUUCAAACUUGAAAUAUGAUUCUGCCGAUAUACCUAUUGCAUCAUUUCGGUCAGAACUACUCACCAGUACAAUUUUGCUUUCAAUCGAUCAGUAUUCAAUUUGUAAGCGCGAUUUAGAAAUAUUGAUCGAUGCUGCAUUGCGGCGUGAUCUAUGGGCAUUGAAAGUGUUUGAUGCCUGGGGAAGACCAUUUCCAUCGGGUUCAUUGACAGGAAAUACGUUCUGGAUAGGUAAUUAUGAUGAAUGUGUCAACGACUUGUAUCAGGAAAAUAAUAAAUCCUUCGUACGACAACCUAUUGAAACUCAAUAUUUAAUGUUGGUCAGCAUUUACUUAACUCCCUAUUUUGGUCGUGGACCUCUCUAUCCAAUUCAACAAGGAUUCGAACCCCAAAAAUGUCGUGAUGGUAACUGGUGGACUGCAUUUUUAUACAUUGGUAACUUUUUGAAAUCAGACGAUCUGUGUCUUGGCAUUACAUGGUAUCUCUAUAAUGACAUGCAAUUUCAUUGGGUUGCACCACUGGCAUUGAUUCCAUUUGUCAAAGGACGAAAACUUAUAGCCUAUGCCAUAACUAUAGUUUUUGUGUUAGUUAGUGCUGGAUCAAUCCUUGGUCUCCUACUGUAUUAUCCAAGUUUUGUUCAACAAAAUGCAGGUCUUGUUGCCAAUACAACUGAACCGGUCUUUUUCGACAAAGUCUACAUGGCUCCGUGGUGCCGCAUUGCAGCAUACGCUAUUGGAAUGUUCACUGGAUUUCUGAUUAUUAAUACGGACCGUCGCUAUUUGUUGAACCGAAGAGGACUAAUCAUCGGCAAUGUUCUUGCUAUAGUAUUAGGUUUAGGUAGUGUCUUUUGGAAUUAUGCUGAUUCGAUACUUCCAUCUGGUGUAGAUGCAGAUUUACGGGUAUGGACAUUUUGA